GAGAGAAGCAUGCAAGGAUAAUCCUCUCGACGCUUGCACAUUCCAGGUUUAGAGCGACACGCGUCGGGGAUAUUCUCCUGCUCGUGGUUAGAUAGCACGGAUCUGAAAGCCAGGCAAGGAAACGAUCUGGGGUUGUGUAUUUUUGUGCAAUCGUGUGUCUGACGUCAGGAGCGGAGAGAAUCUGGUGUUGAACUGGUCGGCUGUCGAUGAAAAAGGAUCCAGGCUUUUCCAUACAGUAAGCAUAAGUUAGCUUGCUUGUCCACAUUCGAGUCGGUGGGUGUUCUUAUGGUGGAUGUGUGCCUCGCUGCCAAACCUCCUCGCAGGCCCGUCGCAGAAGAGUCGACAAUCCUCCAGCCAUCGUGGGCAUUCCACCGUGCUGCCUCCACUGGCCCUCAUAUAAUCAGUCUUGAGUCGUAUAUUCAAAGGCCUUGGUAGCAUCAAAAGAUUAAUUGGGCACUCUAUACGCAAACAUAACAAUGGCUCCAACCCUCCUCACUCCACGGGCAGACACUUCGUCCUGUCCAAGUACGAUCAGCGGCGGUGGCAUUGCGGGAAUCGUCAUUGGGUCAAUCGCUGGAACUCUCCUUAUCAUCUGGAUAAUCCGGCUGUGUUCCACGCCGGGGGCAUUCUCUGGUGGUGACCCAGACUGGGGUUACAGAAGCGGAGCGACAGACUCACGGGGCCGACACCGCCGUAGAAGAUCGGAUUCCUAUGUGAUCGAGAAGUCUCCAUCCAGAUCACGCAGAUAUCGCGACGACGUGAGGCGACCAGCGAAAGUAUAUUUGAAUCAGUGACGAGCCUCUCGAUGAACGAGUCCGCAACAUGCAGCGCGGAGCGAAGUGACUGAAAACACACGACGUGAUGGCCAUAGACGCCAUAAGAUAAAUGUGUGUCAUGACAAGCACGAUGGAAAUGGGAAUCGUCCCUCGGAUUUCUUUCUUUUUGUUGUUGCAGCUCCUGUAGCGCCAAUGGGUCGCUUGCAGGUCUUGACGAUAUAUUGUACGAGUAAUGUCCUUGUAAUCGGCAGAGAACUGAUGGAACUGAUGAUUCAUAUUAGUACUGUUUCCCUUGUAGAAAAAA